GAGAGAGAGAGAGAGAAAACGAGAGAGAGAGCGAGCUCUUUCGCUCUCUCUUUUUCCUUGGAAAGGGAGUGAGAAGAAGCAGCAAUGGAAGUGGUGGGCGUGUCGAUACGGGCUCCUCUGAUUCGCGUAGCUGCGUCGGAUCCGACGAGCGGAGCCCUCGACAAUGGCGGUCGCCUCGUCCUCCGCGGCGCCCCUCUCCCCUCGCGCAGGAGCGGGAGCGGAGAUGGGGCGUGGGGGAGGAGGAAGCGGCGCGGGGCGAUGCCGGUGGUGGAGGCGAAGGGGAAGAAGGGGAUGAUUCCGCGCCAGCUCCGGCGCCCGCCGCCCCCGCCCCUCCCCAAGAUCGAGGACGACGGCAACCCCCGCUUCGUCGUCUUCAUCCGCACCGCCAACGUUUAUCUGUGGUAUCCACUUAGUCUUAUCACAGGUGGUACAACUGCAAAGAUUAUGGUUGCAGCUAAAGACAACUUUCUCGGCAAGUAUAUCUACAAAGAUACCAUUGCUAGAAAUCUAGCUGCUGUAAUUUACAAGGAUGAGAAGGAAAUACAGAAGACAGCAUUUAAGCAAUAUCGUGUCCUGCGGUCUGCUACUGAAUUUAGAUAUGGCUACAAACUUGUUGAAAACGGAAACGUGCGAGCUGCACUGUCUACAAAUGAUGUCAUUGAACUUCCGACACAAGAGGAACUUAAGACUGUUCUAGACAAAGUUAAGGACUUCUUCGGCGAAGCUGCGAGUGGUGCAAAAGAAUCAUUUGGAAAGCUUACUGCCUUAGGUUCCACUGAGGAAUCCAAAGAAGAAUCAGAGGUGAAAAGCUGAUUACAUGGCCUUCUCUUCAUUUGGAUGGGAAAUGGGUUCAAAGCUAGUAGCUGGAGUAGCUCUUUGUACUUUCCAUUGUUGUACGUAUACGGUUUUCCCUACCAAAAGAAAUUGAUUUUUCUUUCAUGUUCCUUGACCCAUCUAAUCGUGUAGUUGGAUUAUUUGUAUAUUUGUUUUCUGCAUUGGAACUUCCUAAGUUUGCUACUGGAAAUCAGAAUAUGCUGUUCUGCUACAGUGAGAUCUGAAGAGUCUAUAGUUGUUAAGGUGCGACAGAAAUAAAACAUCUUGUUCUUAAAACUAGUCUCAGGAAUAUCUGUAGAGGAAGUGAGUGUUAUGUCCAAUUUUUCAUAUUAUUUAUCUUGAA